CGUCGUCGCGCGUGCGCACAACGGGUAAAAAAAAAUCCUGCGUGAAGUUCCGGGAUUGGUCUAGCUAGCAGGUUCUAGUGUAACAGUGUUAAAAAUCAAUACUGUACCGCUCUUAACCUAACCACAUUAAGCCCACAACCAUAAAAAACACCCUUAAGUUUCUGUGAGACGGUUGGAGCUUUGAACAAGACAACAAGAGGACGUCGGGGAAGAUGAAUUUCUUGAGGGGAGUGAUGGGGGGGCAACCCGCCGGGCCCCAACCUACGGGAGCGGAGACGAUCCAGAAGCUGUGUGAUCGUGUGGCGUCGUCCACCCUCCUGGAGGAUCGUCGCGACGCGGUCCGCGCCCUCAAGUCCCUCUCCAAGAAAUAUCGGCUGGAUGUUGGAACCCAGGCCAUGGAGCAUCUGGUUCACAUACUGCAAACAGACAGGUCUGAUUCUGAUAUCCUGGGCUACGCUCUGGACACUCUCUACAACAUCAUCUGCAACGACGAAGAGGAAGAACAAGAUGAAUCCGAAGGUGCCGCUGCCCCCGUCCCUGCCUCAGGGAAGCAUAAGUCUGUGCCUGAUGAGAGUGCUCAGAAGCAGGCAGAAGACAUGGGGGUUCUGUUUACAGACAAGUUCAUCCAGGACCCUGAGAACGUCACCCUGCUCCUGGCUCUGCUGGAGGAGUUUGACUUCCACGUCCGCUGGCCUGGUGUGAAGCUACUGACGGCUCUGCUGAAGAACCAGUGUUCCCAGGUGCAAGGAGUCAUCCUGGUCAGCCCUAUGGGUGUGUCUAGGCUCAUGGAUCUGCUGGCUGACUCCAGAGAGGUCAUCCGCAACGACGGUCUGCUGUUGCUGCAGCAGUUGACUAAGGGGAACGCAGCCAUCCAGAAGAUCGUGGCGUUUGAGAGUGCGUUUGAGAGGCUUCUGGACAUCAUCACAGAGGAGGGCAGCAGUGACGGAGGUAUAGUGGUGGAGGACUGUCUGCUCUUGCUGGUCAACCUGCUGAAGAACAACAGCUCCAACCAGAACUUCUUCAAGGAGGGCUCGUACAUCCAGAAGAUGAAACCGUGGUUCGAGGUGGGAGACGACAACUCCGGCUGGUCAGCCCAGAAGGUCACCAACCUGCACCUCAUGCUGCAGCUGGUCAGGGUGAUGGUGUCUCCAGUGAACCCUCCUGGAGCUACGUCCAGCUGUCAGAGGUCCAUGUUCCAGUGUGGUCUCCUGCAGCAGCUCUGCACCAUCCUCAUGGCUACCGGCGUUCCUGCAGACAUCCUCACCGAGACCAUUAACACUGUAUCGGAGGUCAUCCGGGGUUCUCAGAUCAACCAGGACUACUUUGCGUCUGUUAACGCCCCCUCCAACCCUCCCAGACCAGCCAUCGUGGUGCUCCUCAUGUCCAUGGUGAACGAGCGGCAGCCGUUUGUGCUGCGCUGUGCUGUUCUAUACUGCUUCCAGUGUUUCCUGUACAGGAACCAGAAGGGCCAGGGAGAGAUUGUGUCCACCCUGCUGCCCUCCACCAUCGACACCAACUCUAUCUCGGCCGGCCAGCUGCUGUGCGGGGGGUUGUUCUCCGCAGACUCCCUGUCUAACUGGUGUGCUGCAGUGGCCCUGGCUCAUGCCCUCCAGGACAACCUGCAACAGAAGGAGCAGCUGCUGCGUGUGCAGCUGGCCACCAGUAUGGGCAAGCCCCCUGUGUCCCUGCUGCAGCAGUGCACCAACAUCCUCUCACAGGGUGAUAAGAUCAGCAGGAGGGGCAGCAAGGCCCAGACCAGGGUGGGGCUCCUCAUGCUGCUGUGUACCUGGAUCAACAGCUGUCCCAUCGCUGUCACACACUUCCUGCACAACCAGGACAACAUCCCCUUCCUGACGGGUCAGAUCUCAGAGAACCUGGGGGAGGAGGAGAGGCUGGUGCAGGGGCUGUGUGCUCUACUGCUGGGGAUCUGCAUCUACUACAACGACAACUCCCUGGAGAACUACAGCAAGGAGAAGCUGAAACAGCUGAUAGAGAAGCGUAUUGGAAAGGAGAACUUUGUGGAGAAGCUGGGCUUCAUCACCAAACAUGAGCUGUACUCGCGCGCUGCCCAGCGUCCACAGCCCACCUUCCCCUCCCAGGAACACAUGCUGUUCGACCACGAGUUCACCAAGCUGGUCAAGGAUCUGGAGGGCGUGAUCACUAAAGCGGUGCACAAGUCCAGCGAGGAGGAGAAGAAGGAGGAGGAGGUGAAGAAGACUCUGGAGCAGCAUGACAGCAUCGUUACCCAGUACAAGGAGCUGAUCAGGGAACAGGACGCCCAGAUCCAGGAGCUGAGGGAGCAGGUGGGGACGCUGGCAGCUCGGAGCGACACCCUGGAGACCACAGUCACCCAGCAACAAGCACAGAUCCUGCAGCACAAGGACCAGUACAACAUCCUGAAGCUAAAGCUGGGUAAAGGAGAGCCCCCGGGCGGGGGGCAGGGUGGGGGCCAGGGCGGGGGCCAGUGCGAGGGCGUGCCCCCGAUGAACGGGCCACAGAUGGAGGUGUUGCUUCUCAGGGAGGAGCUGGAGGAGCUGUGGACACGACACACACUGCUGCAGAGCCAGCUGGAAGAGAGGGACACACUGGUCAACACACUGGGAUCCGAGGCCCUCAGCCCAGAGACAUCAGCAGGAUCAGAGCACUCAGAGCUCACACAGGCUGUGUUGCAGGAGCUGGAGGUGCUGAAGGAUCAGGUCCAGACCCAGGCUGCAGAGAUCAGCCGGCUGCAGACAGAGAGACAGGAUCUGCUCCAAAGGGCAGAGGCUGCCUCCUCAGCAAGGGUCUCCAGUGACGAGGGUUCAGCAGCAGUAGCAGAGCUGGAAAGCAGGCUGGCAGCCCAGACCACAGAGACAGAGAGACUUAAGGAGGAGGUGCGUGUGCUGGCGGAGGGCCGGGCGGGGCAGGAUCAGCAGCUGGCCUCAUCCGGCAGCACGGCGGCCAUCCUGCAGGCAGAGAAGAGCCGUCUGGAGACAGAGCUGCUGGAGUCCAGGAGGGAGCAGGACGACCUGCUGAUGCUGCUGGCAGACCAGGACCAGAAGAUCACCUGCCUCAGGGGCAGGCUCAGGGACCUGGGGGAGACGAUCGAUGACGAAGACGACCUGGACCCCCGGGACCCGUCUGAGGAAGAGGAGGAGGAGGACGACUAGAGAACCAGGGUGAAGAGAGAGAGAGGUAGAAUGCUGGCCGAUGAACGGCGCAAAUAGACGCUGUUGGCAUCGCCCAUGUUGGUGACAGUACGCUGAUAGAGAAACGGAAGGAUCUAGCAGCUCCUAGGACUAAUACUGAAGCGCUUUCUCUCCCCCCCUCCCUCCAUCAUCCUUCCCUCCGUCGUCCCUCGUUACCCUCCAUUUUAACGCGUGUAGAUUUUAUUCCAAGAUGGUGGUCGAGUCAGCGAUGUUGUUAUUCUCAACGCGUUCAUCUCAUUCUCUUCGGCUUCCACAAGCUGCAGUCCCCUCAGGAGACCAUCUGGGUCGGACGUGUCUGGGUCGGACGUGUCUGGGUCGGACGGGUCUGGGUCGGGCGGGUCUGGGUCGGGCGUGUCUGGGUCGGGCGUGUCUGGGUCGGACGGGUCUGGGUCGGGCGGGUCUGGGUCGGGCGUGUCUGCUGCCGUUCUGUCCACCUCAGCCAGCCUAACAGAUGAUCUACAGCCGGUCUGGUUGUCUGGGGGGUUUCACACCACCACUCGGACUACCUUCAUCCUACAACGCAGAACUCAGACGCCCCCUCUCUGCCACCACAGGAACUGCACUGGACACCCCCCCUCCCCUCGCUCGGCCCUCUUUCCCAUGAUGCAGUGCGGGGAUGUACAGGUGUGUUGGACUUCUCACCUGCACCUGUCUCUGUUUCAUCAACACACGGACACUACAAACCAAUCAGAAACAAGAGCAGGGAGUUUCCACUGACAACACAGGGAAAAAUUUUAGUCUGCCAACUUUAUUUUCUCUUAGUGUUUUUUUUGGUGGCCCCGACCCGAUCCACAUCCUUCUGGUCUGGGCUCUGCUUCACUGACGCCCUCAGUGGGCUUGAACGCACCGUGUCUCCUACAUGUUUAGUUAAGUCAGGUCAGAGUUUGAUUUCAAUUAAGAUUCACCUCAGUUACACUUCACUCACUCUACGAUAUGCUGCAAAGCUAGCCGACACACAAGACAUGUAUGAGGUGUAUGGGGGGGAAACAAUAUUUUUUCAACUUUUUGGUCCUGGCGUUCGGCUUCUGUAACUUAUCAAUUUAAUGAGCCACAUUGAAAAUAAAUAAAACGUAAAUCUAUGAAUCUGUGUGCUUGUGGGAAUACUUUGUACAGCUUUGCUUAAUCUGCACUGUGAAAUAUUAAGUGAUUGUACAUUUCAGCAUUUCAAUCACUUUCAUAUUUUAGACCAUUAAUGAUUUAUUAAAUAUGUAACAAUCAUAGAAUCAUUAUUAUUAUAACAAAUCUAGACUUAAGAAAUAUUUUGACAAGCUGGUUGUUGCUUGAAAUGUUUAGUUGUGUAUACAUUUCUUCAUAUUAUGAAUAUGCACACAUAAAAUUGCUAGAGGGCGAUGUUGAAAUGCAGCAGACUUUUUCUAGUUGACAGUUUAGGUAGAAACAUGGUUGUCUGUGUGGGGGAGAUGUUGAUCUGUCAGGGUGACCUACACCCAGGGCCGGCCCUGCCUACACCUCCUGGUGUCUCCUGGUUCUAAUGGAUGUUCGCAUGUUGACGCAGGCUCUAAUUAAUCUGUGUUUGUGUGUGAGGAGCUUCUGUACAGCGACAGGCAUGCUAACAGACGAGCUAUGCUAACAGACGUGCUAGCUCUACUAACAGACGGGCUAGCUAUGCUAACAGACGGGCUAGCUAUGCUAACAGACGGGCUAGCUAUGCUAACAGACGGGCUAGCUAUGCUAACAGACGGGCUAGCUAUGCUAACAGACGGGCUAGCUAUGCUAACAGACGGACUAGCUAUGCUAACAGACGGGCUAGCUAUGCUAACAGACGUGCUAGCUAUGGGUUUUAUAACAGGACUUCUAGAGUAUUACACUACCAGGAACUCCAAGGGGAAACUAAGUAGCAUUUUGGUUAAAGAUGUGAUCUUUCUCUCUUAGUUUUUACUGUUUCAUUCCUGUUCUUACAUGCUGUUGACCUGUCUCUUUCUUCCACUUCCAACAGAAAUCCUGUUAUGAAUUGAGCCAAUGUUUGUUCAUGGACUAUGCAUAAAGUUUUGUCAUAGUUUGAUUCAA